CAUCGUGAAUCAAGAUAGGUAGAUCAUCUAGCUAUCCUGAUCGUGAAUCGACCCAUACAAAUAAAAAAAAGUAAGCGAGAUGUUAUUUAUAAUCAUCCCUUAAUCACAGUUCUACAAAGUCGCAUACAUUUUGUUGUAAUGCUUACUAAAGAGUAUCGUAUUUGCAUGCCGUUGACGGUCGAGGAGUAUAAAAUUGGCCAGCUAUACAUGAUUGCACGUCAUAGUCUUGAGCAAUCGGAUGCCGGCAACGGAGUUGAAGUGAUAGAAAACAAGGAGUGCCAUGACCCAGAGCAUGGCAAGGGCCAAUACACAGAGAAAAGGAUACAUUUGUCCAGCCGUUUACCUUACUGGGUCCAAGCUUUUUGCCCUCGAGUGUUUUACGUUGUGGAAAGGGGAUGGAACUAUUAUCCAUUCACAAUAACAGAAUAUACGUGUUCUUUCAUACCAAAGCUACAUAUAACUAUUUUAACCAAAUUCGAAGACAAUGCUGGAACAUCAGAAAAUUGUCUCAAUAUACCAGAAGAUAAGUUACCGGAAAGGACCAUAGAUUUUGUUGAUAUUGCUUUUGAUGAAAUAACCGCCAAACAUUAUAAAAAGGAAGAGGAUCCUAAAUUUUUCAAAUCAUCUGUUACUGGAAGAGGACCGCUGGUUGAAGGUUGGAGACAAACAGAUCAGCCCAUCAUGUGUUCAUAUAAACUGGUACAAGUUUCCUUUGAAGUUUGGGGUUUCCAAACUAAAGUGGAGGAUUUCAUACAAAGAUGUAUAAGAGACGUUCUCCUGCUUGGACACAGACAAGCGUUCACUUGGAUAGACGAAUGGCAUGGGAUGUCUAUUGAAGAUGUACGAGAAUACGAACGUAAAAAGCAGGAAGAAGCUAAUGAAAAGGUAUUAAUAUCGCGAGAAGACGUCGAAGAUCCAGCAACUGUAGAUUAAAUUACUAGUUGCAAAAUUGGACGAUUGACUAUGUGGAUAUAAAACAUCAUGAAUAUUUGACAUCUGGUAUGUCUUUAUCGCACAUAGCAAAUUGAUAGUAUAGGUCAAAUAAAAAGAACACAAAUUAGCCUCAUAAA